UUGCUACGAGCGCGUCUGUGUAGGAGGUUUAUCGCUGUUUUCACCGAGGAAAAUCACGUUUUACAGUCUCACUGUUUGCUAUCAUCUCCGAGAAGUUCCGUAGUUGUGAGAUUGAACCACCAGACCGAACGCCUGUCGCGAAAGUGCUUGAGGAGGUCUAUUUUUAGAGCGCGAGAGUUUGGAUCUUCGCUCCGGGGAACGGAGCUUGCUGACCGGGGAGUGCAGAGGAAGGGAGCCGCUGAGAAGAAGGGACGCGAGGAGAGGAAAUCCUGAUGCCAGAGAUGGCAAACGAGCCGAUCAUCCUAAAUGUCUACGACAUGUACUGGAUCAAUGAGUUCACCAGCUCGCUUGGCAUCGGAGUCUUUCACUCAGGGAUUGAGAUCUAUGGAAGAGAGUUUGCCUAUGGUGGACACCCGUACCCGCUCUCAGGGAUCUUUGAGAUGACGCCAGGCGAGGCCAGCGAGCUCGGAAUGACCUUUAAGUUCAAAAAGUCCAUAGUCCUGGGCACCACGGACUUCACAGAAGAGGACGUGGAGCGAAUUGUGGAGGAGAUGGGGAAAGAUUUCAGAGGAAACGCCUACCACCUCAUGCACAAGAACUGCAACCACUUCUCGUCGACGCUCUCAGAGGUCCUGUGCGGCAGGCAGAUCCCGAGCUGGGUCAACCGUCUGGCCUACGUCAGCUCGUGCGUGCCAUUCCUCCAGAGCUGCCUGCCCAAAGAGUGGCUGACCCCACCGGCCUUACAGUCCAGCGUGAGCCAGGAGCUCCAGGGGAUGGCCGACCUGGAGGAGGCGGAGGACGCGGCGGCCUCCGCCUCGCUGGCCUCCAUGUCGCCCCGCUCCAGCCCCUCCACCCCUUUACCCAGUCAUUCUCGCCACCACCAGCCACGUCGGUAGAGCCCCGCUGGGCCGGACUCACGGUCAGGUAACUGAAUACUUGCUGCAGGCGACUGGAUCAGACUGUCUUUGAAUCAUUCUCUCAUCCUGGACUGAAUGCGUUCAGCAGCGAUCCUAAACUGAGGAGAGUCGAGCUGAAGAGGUUCGAAUACCAGCCGGGGCCUUUGUGUGAACUUUUCAUGUUGUCCCUGUGUGUGUGUGUGUGGGUGUGUGUUUAAUGUGAAUGCAAGGCACAAAAAGUAUAUUAUAGAGAGACAGAAGAGUGUUUUUAAAGAUUUUCACACAACAAAACGGCCUUGAUAUGCAAGUAUAAGUGGUCUCUCUAUAAGUUGAAUUUACAGCUGUUGUUGCAUGUUCUCCGCGUGCGUGUAUGUGUGGGUUCCCUCCGGGUGCUCCGGCUCCCUCCCACAGAAAACAAAAGGGUUAGUUGGUCCUAGUUGUGAACGUGAGUGUGAAUGGUUGUAUGUCCCUGUGUGUUAACCCUGCGACAGACUGGCGACCUGUCCAGGGUGUGCCCCGCCCCCGCCCCCGCCCCCAGCCUCGCCCACAGCAGCUGGGAUUGGCUCCAGCCACCUGCGACCGUGGAAAGGACAAGCAGGAGAAAAUGGAUGGAUGGAUGGAUUUUACAGCUACGUGUGGCUGGUAGCUGCUACGCUCCUGAAGCAAACAGCAGAAUGGUCACUUUGCCUCAAAAUGCCACGUGCACAAAGACCUCAGCCUUUAUUUUAGGUUUGUAUUUUCUACCACAGCAGGCUGGAUAUCUGCGAUCAACCUGAACUAAAGGAUGUUCGAGUCUCUCCUGUCUAUCUACAGCAGUCUCUCACACACACACACACACACACACACCCCUUGAUGCAGCUGAAGCCAAUCGGAUGCAUUUUAAAGCACACCUGUUGUGCCCAAAAGCACAAAAUGCUUGAAUUGUUUCAAGCAUUUUGUGUUUUUUGUUUCUGUGGUAAGUCUUUAAGUCAGAAGAAAGGAAAAAAAGUAAGAAAGAAAAAUUUUAUUCGUCUUAUAUACGGUCAAAUAUCUCCGAUAAAGAGCAAUGACCCGUUUCCAGUCUUCAUGUCAAUCAUAAUGUUAUUCGAUCUACGUAAUGUAAUGUAAGAGUUACACACAUAUCGCAUAUCUUUGACAGUCUGACUACUUCUUCUCUUCUUUUUAACAUUACGUGCAAGAGAAAGCACAGAGGAAGCGUAACAGGUCUCCUUUAAACCUGUGUCUCACCCUAUAACCUGAUAAUCACCACAGAGAAACACUUACUUGCUCAGCACUGCCAGAAAAUUGACUCAUUUUAUGUCUCAUUCAGUUUUUUUUUAGAAUAACUUGAACUGGAAAUUGGUUCAAAUGUGCUGGAAAUGACCUAUAUUUAGAAAUUAGUGGAAGAUUUCUUGCAGGUUGCAGAUUAUCUGGACGUCUGUUUUUGUGAGUUUACGAUCUUUAGGAAUGUCUCUGAAGGAAGCUGAACACUCUUGUUUUUAUUGUUUUCUUC